AUUGUGUCCGUUUGUGUGUCGCGGCGCUGCAGAAGGUUCCGCGCUAAAUAAGUUACUUCAUUAUCUCAAAAUAACACGUACUGGAUCGGAAAGUAGAUUUUAAAAAUUAUUCUAAUUAUUUAUUAUUAAUAUUUUUCUUUUCCCGUUGAUGCUUCACACUGUAGUCCGGUUGGUGGCGGUGAUACAGCAUAAAUUGACUUGUCAACCGCCAAUAAACGAAAGGAGGAGGAGAAAUGGCAGCGCUGGGAUGCAGCACUCUGGACUAUUUUCCUGAAAACGUUUUAAUUGAUAUUUUAUCUUAUUUAAAUGUGCGAGAACUCGUGCGCAACUCCAGGGUUUGCAGGCGCUGGAAGCAGCUGGUGAAGGAUCAGAGACUCUGGAGAGCUGUGGAUCUCUGCACAUGGAAAGGGAUGACGUCUCGAGUGCUGUGGGUUUUGCUGCGUCAGUAUCUGGGUCACGGGCUGCGAUGUCUGCGUCUGCGCGGCCUCCUGCUGUCUGUGCGGCGCGGCGCCUUCCUCACCGAGUCCUGGCUGCAGGCGCUGCGCUCCAAGUGCCCUCGUCUGCGCAGACUUUACCUGCAGCACACGGACCUGCGCGGUUUACACAGCUGCCGUCUGCUGCCUCCUUCACUGCAGGUGCUGGAACUGAGUUUUUGUGAAGUCCCGCCCGGAUUCUUCGCUCAGGAUCCCGAGACGGACGGAAAAGCAUCCACGUCGGCCGUCGCAAUAGAAACGCUCGUCCUUAACAAGGUUCCGUCGUUUUCCGACCAGCACCUGCGCAGUCUCUGCACGUGGAAGCAGCUGAGUCGUCUGGAGCUGGGGGAUUUGAGUCGAGUGAGCGCAGGCGGGCUGAGGAGCUGCGUUCCUCCCGGCGCACAGACGCUCGGCCGCCUCAAACACCUGGAGCUGGAGACGUGGAGCAUGAAGCAGAUGGUGGCGCUGGGUCUGGGCAAGGGCUGGCCGGGGCUGGAGAGACUCACACUGGGCGGGAACGAGGUCAUUCCGGGUCUGCUGUCUGUCAGCCGCCUGCAGGACCUGCGCUGGCUGCGUCUGCGCAAAUGCAGACUGAACCAGAAUAUGGUGCUCAAAUGCUGCAGGUCUCUGACGCAGCUGCGCGUGCUGGAGUUCAGCGAGGUGGAGAUUGUGGAUGACGAGGAGGUGAAACCGGACGAGACAGACGAACAGCAGAGCAGCGAAGACGAUCCCGUGCCGAAUCUCAGACGUGCCUUAUGCUCCCUGCUGCCCGAAUGCAGCGUGUGUUUCAGCAGCUGCACACUCACCAUCAACAGAGACGCUUCACACUGAUUCUGAUGAGGAUUGUCAGGAACAGACUGAGAACAAACACCCUCACCGUCACCGAGACGUGCACAGAACAUGAUUUUUACUGUAAAAUAAAAUGAUUGCAUCUGUCUAUAGUAAACU